UGAGAUGUUGAGACCCACCUGUUUAAUAUGCCUUAUCUGCUUUUUUGAGGACACCUAAAAUGGUGUUCUCUAGGAUCUCAUCUUUGUCUAAGACAUCCUAAUGAACCUACGGAUAUCGUUUAGUAUUGAAAAUAUUGUAAUAACCUUCAGAACCCUUCGAAAGAAGCAACAUUAUAAACAAAGUUUUCUUGCAGAAAAUGCUCAUGGUUUCACAUGUUCUGGGUAUCUCAUUUUUUUUUUAACAACCCCCCCCCCCAAAAAAAAGCUAACAAAGAUCGACUCUUCCUAUUCUAGGCAUGGUGUAAGCAUGUAAUUAUUCUAAUCAACAACUAUUUAUUGAAGCGCCCUAUGUCCUCUCCAAUUCAUCUCAUUCAACUCUCACACAAUCCCUGAAAACUGUUAUUCCCACUUCACAGAAGGAAAAGUUCUCAGAGGGAUGCCACACAAUUAACGAAUACUAAAACGGAGAUUUUACCGUGGAACUUCAAAGCCAAUCCUGCAAACCAACAAAUCCAGGAGAAUUAACGCUUUCAAAUUCUGUUAGCUUAGCAGUUCGCCCCAAGAAACCUCGCGAUAUUACUCAAACUACUACUCCCAAGAUGCACAGCGGCUUCUGUCAGUCCGCUUAUCCCCUUGAGUCUGGAGGGCCCCGGCAUGCCUCGAGGCGCGAAAGGCAGCCUGGGAGCUGUAGUUCUCGGAGGCCUACCGGUAUUGCCAGCGCGGCAGUGGCGGCUUUCUUGGUUCCGUCCAGCGGGUCCUGUAAACGAACUGAGGCGGAGAAAGGGCGCGGAACUGGAAGAGGGUGAGUCAGGCACUGUCUACGCGAUAAAGGGAGGCGGCACCGCGGCUCAGGGCUGAGUUGAGUAAGUGCGGCCCCUGCAGUCUAUUCAGGGACGCCGCGAUCUAGCGCCUUCGAAAAGAGGGCGAGGAGGAGCCAGAGCCCGGUCCUUGCACCCAUUCUCGCCCUCGUACCCCGCCGCCAUCUCCACCAUGCAGUCCCGGGAAGAAGCUCCGCGCUCUCGCCGCCUGGCCAGUCCCCGCGGCGGGAGGCGACCCAAGAGAAUUUCCAAGCCUUCUGUUUCAGCUUUUUUCACGGGCCCGGAGGAGCUGAAGGACACGGCUCAUUCUGCAGCCCUCCUGGCACAGCUGAAGUCCUUCUACGACGCGCGGCUGUUAUGUGAUGUGACUAUCGAGGUGGUGACACCUGGCAGCGGGCCUGGCACCGGCCGCCUUUUUUCCUGCAACCGUAACGUGCUGGCUGCCGCGUGUCCCUACUUCAAGAGCAUGUUCACCGGUGGCAUGUACGAGAGCCACCAGGCAAACGUGACCAUGCAUGAUGUGGAUGCCGAGUCCUUCGAGGUGCUGGUCGACUACUGCUACACGGGUCGCGUGUCGCUGAGUGAGGCCAACGUGCAACGUCUUUACGCGGCCUCUGACAUGUUGCAGCUCGAAUAUGUGCGGGAAGCCUGUGCCUCCUUCCUAGCCCGCCGCCUUGACCUGGCCAACUGCACUGCUAUCCUCAAGUUUGCUGACGCCUUCGACCAUCACAAGCUGCGAUCGCAGGCCCAGUCCUUUAUAGCCCACAAUUUUAAGCAACUCAGCCGGAUGGGUUCAGUAAGGGAGGAGAGUCUGGCAGAUCUGAGCUUGGCCCAGCUGCUGGCUGUCCUGCGUCUGGAUAGUCUGGACAUCGAGAGUGAGUGGACUGUGUGUCAUGUGGCCGUGCAGUGGUUGGAGGCGGCUCCCAAGGAGCGGGCCCCUAGCGCUGCGGAGGUCUUCAAGUGUGUCCGCUGGACACACUUCAGAGAUGAAGAUCAGGAUUACUUGGAAGGGCUGCUGACCAAGCCCAUAGUGAAGAAGUACUGUCUAGACCUUAUUGAAGGGGCCCUGCAGAUGCGCUAUGGUGACAAGUUGUGCAAGUCUCUGGUCCCGAAGCCAGAUAGCAGCAACAGCUCUGUUGUACCCACAGCAGAAAAUCCCCCCCAGAGACUGGGUAUGUGUGCCAAGGAGAUGGUGGUCUUCUUUGGACAUCCUAGAGAUCCCUUUCUCUGCUAUGACCCAUACUCAGGGGACAUUUACACAAUGCCAUCUCCUUUAACCAGCUUGGCUCACACUAAGACUAUCACCUCCUCAGCUGUCUGUGUCUCUCCAGACCAUGACAUCUACCUGGCCGCUCAGCCCAGGAAGGACCUCUGGGUGUACAAGCCAGCCCAGAAUAGCUGGCAGCAGCUUGCCGACCGCCUGCUGUGCCGGGAGGGCAUGGAUGUGGCCUACCUCAAUGGCUACAUCUACAUCUUGGGUGGGCGAGACCCGAUUACUGGAGUCAAACUGAAGGAAGUGGAAUGCUACAGUGUCCAGAGAAACCAGUGGGCGCUGGUGGCUCCUGUACCCCAUUCCUUCUAUUCCUUUGAACUAAUAGUGGUUCAGAACUAUCUUUAUGCUGUGAACAGUAAGCGCAUGCUCUACUACGAUCCUAGCCACAAUACGUGGCUGAACUGUGCUUCUCUUAAACGUAGUGACUUUCAGGAAGCCUGUGUCUUCAAUGAUGAGAUCUACUGCAUCUGUGACAUCCCAGUCAUGAAGGUCUAUAACCCAGCCAGGGGAGAAUGGAGGCGGAUUAGUAAUAUUCCCUUGGACUCAGAGACCCACAACUAUCAGAUUGUUAAUCAUGGCCAAAAGUUGCUUCUCAUCACUUCCACCACCCCUCAGUGGAAAAAAAACCGGGUGACUGUUUAUGAAUAUGAUACUAGGGAAGACCAGUGGAUUAAUAUAGGUACCAUGUUAGGCCUUUUGCAGUUUGACUCUGGCUUUAUUUGCCUCUGUGCGCGUGUUUAUCCUUCCUGCCUCGAACCUGGACAGAGUUUCAUCACUGAGGAAGAUGAUGCUCGAAGUGAGUCUAGCACUGAAUGGGACUUAGAUGGAUUCAGUGAACUGGACUCAGAGUCAGGAAGUUCAAGUUCUUUUUCUGAUGAUGAAGUCUGGGUGCAGGUAGCACCUCAGCGAAAUGCACAGGAUCAGCAGGGUUCUUUGUAAAUAUUUUGAAGCACUAAAAUGUUUCUACUACUAUGGAAUGUAUCUUAAAAAGAUUUCCUUUUCCUGAAAAGAAAAAUGUUGAUUAGGACUGCAGAUUUGGUUUAGAAAGGGUCAUGUUUGAAUUACUAAUGUAAUGUUACAGAAUUUAAACAGUCCAUGAUUAUAAAUCAACCUAUAUGAUAAUUUACUGUGCUAAAAGUUGAGAUUAAAAUAUGCAAAUAUGAACUAUUCUAAUUGAUUAGAAUGCUUGGUGGUUUUUUUCAUUGUUCAAAUAUUUGUUGCACCAGUGGAUUGUUUUGGUUAGUUAUGCCCUUUGUAUUUUGAUUUUCUACUUUAGCCUUCUGUUAACUUUUUUAAUUCUAUUUAGUGCCACGAAGAAUUUAACUUUUUAAUUUUUAAAAAGUAGAACAUUGGACUAGAAGUUGUUGGUAGGGCUUUGAAGGUUUAUAUUUUCCUUCAGAAUAAUGAAAGUAGUAGAUUUCCCAAAUUUUGAACUAGCCAGUUUUUAGUAUUAUAAGUUAGUAUAGUUAAAUUUGGUUUGGUUUUCUCCCCUUCUGCAAAGAAAAAAAUUUGGAUAUAUGUUAUAAAAUGGGAUUUCAUUUUGAUAAUGUGCAGAAUGGUCUCAAGAGCUCACAGAAAGUUAAAAAAAAAUCAGGAUUCCACUGCUUUCAAAGAAAAUUCACUUUUAAUUUUGGAAUAUAAUGUGCGGUUGCUAAAUGACCAUUUUUCUAUUUUAAAAAACAUCCAAUCUAGUAGAAUCACCAAUUAUUUAAACACCCUUCUAAACCAAAAAAAGGUAACUUGCUUUGUAAGAUCAUAUAUUUCAUCUAUAUCUGAUACGUGCUUCAUUCAAUCAAAUAAACAAUCCUUUUUUUCACUGGACAUAUGAUUGAGUAAUGUAAAUUUUUAUCUGUUCGUCAUGCCUAGUCUUAAAAAGUUUAUAUGCUUUCCUAAAAUAUCUUGGCUGUAUAGUUUUGGUGUUCAUCUUAGAGGAUUCUUCAGCAGGAAGUGAUUUAUUCUUUACUGUUUUUGUGAAGUAAUACUGGUUUUGAAAAUACAUUUAAGCUAAAAGGGUGUUUUAUUGAGAUCAGUAGUUACUGCAUCUAUCAACCAUAAAAUCAAGUACCCGCAGAGAACUUUAAAACUUAAAGCUGUGUAUGGAACUGUUUUGUGUAGCAUUGAAAUGUUCUGUCAAGUUUUGUAAGUCACUGUAUAUGAUUAUCAUCACAAAGUUAUUUUUCUAUUAAAAGUUGACAGUUAAAGAAUGUAAGUGGGUGAUGGCAUUUGGGGCCAAUAGUGAAAGUAUAUUUCGUCUAAAAUGUUUCCCUAGCAAUGGUGUACAUGGUUAUUUUAUUAGGGUAUUUGUAUCUGUUCUGUAUUUCUCUGUGAACCAUGCUCCAGUCUUUGUUUUUUGUCUUUUUGUUUGUUUUUGUGUCACCAUAAAGUAAGGGUAAGUCCAGAACUAGAAACUAAAUCACACAAAAUUGAUAAUGUUAAACACAGAGAAAUAGAGGUGCUUACAUUUUGAGGAUCUGUUAAUACAUAUGACUGUCACAACACAUGUCCCUGAUAGAUGGUGUACAUAUACAGAUGCUUAGAGUCUAUAAAUUUUUCUAUACCGACUUAGAAUCCUCUUUUUGCAUCUUUUUUCAAUAUGUUAAUUCCUCUUUCGUGUUUAUUCUGUAGUGACCGAAUGCUAACAUUUCUUACACCGCAUCAGAGUACUGAGGAGUAUGCCUGGGGUAGGGACCUGAAUUCUGAAUAAAAAAGAGGGAGAGAGAAAAGGAUUAAACAAA